CUUGACAGUCAACGCGCAGGGUAAAAUACCCACACGGUCUCCAGCUAACAACACUCCGAAUCGGCAGAUUUCUUCAGUCAACCUUCAAACGCACUCGGGAUAAGUUACAAAACAGGACAAAAUGCCUCUCCGGAGAUACUUAGGUCGUUGAUUUAGGCCGGCGUUUAUAUUGGCUUAAAAUAACUUCUUAAUUUGCCCUGCCGACAGUUUGCUACAUUAGCUUACCAAGCUAAUUAGCUAGGUCUUAGCUGUCUGCUAUUAGCCAGCUGUCUAAAUAAACUGUGAAGGGCAGUUCCUUAGCGACAGCUUAGCCGUUUCUUUCCUGGCUUCAAAACUAAAAGAGAAGAAGAAGAAAUGGUGCAGCCACAGCCGGACGGCCCCAUGCAGUGGGACAUGUCUGGAGAGGACAGCGGAGGGACACUCAGGGUCCCACCAGAGCUCGCUGGCAAUGAAGUGGUGACCAGACUGUUGGGCGACAACCAGCAGCUCCGAGAGGCUCUGCGGAGGAGCAACCAGGCCCUGCGUCAGCGCUGCGAAGAGAUGGAGGGAUGGCAGCGGCGGACCAGGGAGGAACGGGAAUUCCUCAGCUGUCGUUUCCAGGAGGCCCGGGCGCUGGUGGAGAGGCUGGCGCAGGAGAACCACUCUUUGCAGAGCAUGGUGAACGGACCAGGCUCAUCGUCCAACCGCAGCUACAGCUCGGCCCAAAUGGAGGCGUCACCGGGGCUUCCUGCCCGGAACGGCCCGCUGGAUGAACCAAAGACUCUAGACCAAUGGGAGAGGAAAAGAGUUGAAGAAACGGAGCAGCAGACACAAACCACACCACUCCGCAGCCUGCCUGCAGAGGGUGCAAAUGAGUUCCUGCAACUGCUGAAGAGCCACAAAGAAAAAACAGAGGAAGAGAUGAGAGAGAUGAGAAGGAAAAAUGAAGAGUUAAAGAGGGAACGGGACGAGGGAAAAGAAGUGUUAGAGCGACAGCAUCGAUGCAUUGAACACCUGCGGGCUAAACUGUUCCAUACACAGAUGAGCAGUAAUGAGGAAGCUGUUCAGCUUCGCUCAGAGGCUCAGCACACCUCUGACUGCUCUAGUCUGGCUAAACUCACAGAGCAGCUUCAGGCCACACAGGGCAGGUAUCGGGAGCUGGAGGAGAAACUAGAUUACCUGCAGAAGAGCUCAGCUCAGCGGGACAGAACAGAAGCUUUGCUCAAACAAAAGGACAAGGAUUGUGCCCAGUUGGCCAAGGACUGUGAGGCUCUGAAAGCUCAGGCGACGUCGCUGUUAGGCGAACUGAACGAGAGGCAGAUCCUCCUGCAAAAGAGCGACGAUGAGCGCAAAAUGUUGGAGGAGAAGCUGGUCAGCAAGGUGAAGGCCCUGCAGGCGGCGGAGCGGGAGCUGGAGCAGCAGAGGAAGCAGCAUCAUGUGGCCAAUGACAAGCUGCUGCUGCAGGUGCAGAGCCUGGAGAGCGCGCUGAAGUCGGAGAGGCACGUGGUGACAGAGGAGAAGAAAAAGCUGUCACAGUUGCAGCACGCCUACACGUGUCUGUUCAGAGACUAUGAUUCCAAACUGAAGAGUGAGGGAGGAGACCUUAGCAGUAAGCUAGAGGAGGCAGAGCGGGCACUGGCCAUCAAGCAGGACCUGAUUGAUAAACUCAAGGAGGAGGUGGAGCAGCAGAAAGGCUCGCUGGAAACCGUCCCUGUCCUCACAGCACAGGCUGAGAUCUACAAGGCAGAUUUCCUGGCAGAGCGAGAAGCGAGAGAGAAGCUGAACCAGAAGAAAGAGGAGCUGCAGGAACAGUUCACUCAGGCUCUGGCUGAGAUCGAACGGUUGAAGCACGAGCUCACAGCACGUGCACGUUUGGAACAAAUGAAGCUGAAACACAUGGAUGAUUUUCCUGCACGGCAAACUCACAUUCCCCCUCAGCAAGUUGUUGGGUUUCCUGGUGCUGGCUUCAACACCGUGCCACCGAACCGGAACCACGUUUUGGCACCGGUCAUCGAUCCUGCUGCAGCAGGAGCUGCAGAUCUGCCUGAUUUAUGCUGUCCAAAGUGCAACUACCUGGCUCCAGAUAUGGACACACUGCAGAUACAUGUCAUGGACUGUAUACAGUAAUGCAACGGGCAAGCGCAGUUCAAUGCAUCACAAUGCCAACACACACACACUUAGUAUAUUUACUGGUCAUCCAGAAAGUAUUCACAUCCCUUCAUUUUUAAAAAAAUGUUGUAUGUUGCAGACCAACUCUAAAACCCACCUAGGUAAGGUUUUGUUUGUUCUAUAGCUAGACAACAUGUUUUCAGACAUAUUUUCUAAUUUUUUUUUUGAUUGACAAAUAAUAGCAACAUAAGUAUUCACACCCCUUCCUAUGGCAGUCAAAACUCAGUGUCUUGAUUAUUGGUAAUUUUUUUUCCCCCCCUGUGCUAAGAUCAGAAGAUUGAACAUGAUUUGGAAUGGAACUCAUUUGGCUGCAGAAAUCAAGCAAUAAACUCAGAGGAAUUAUCUGUAGACCUUUGGAACUGAAUUGUGUCAAAGCAAAAAACAUUUGAGAAAGGAUACAAAGCAUUUUCAGGAUCAUCGCCAAUCUUAAAGAACACUUCCCUCUGUUAUUUGGAAAUUGUCGACAUUUUACCCCCAAAAUUUACCCCAAAGCCAAGUUUAGAGAGACAUGCCCAAGACAACUGGAGGCUAGAACUGCUGCCAAAAGGGCUUCAACAAAAUAUCAAACAAUGGCUGUGAAAACUUAUUUUUCUGUUAAUUUAGAAAAAUUGACAAAUAUCUGUAAAAACUAUUUUGUGUAGAUUUUUUUUUAAAGAGAGAACUGUACUCAGGCUGGUUUCAGUCUGCUAAGGUAAGAAAUGUGGGGGGAAAAGAAGGAAUGUGAAUACUUUCAGAAUCCAUUGUACUUUCUUUGUCCAGCUCUGGGGGAAACAUAUUUGGUUAUUGCACCUUAUUUACUUUCUGUCAUGCAAGGACAAAUACAAAGACCUAAGCCUGUUUUGGAUCCUGAAGUAAAAACCCUAAUAUAUUAGAAUAAGGAGAAAGUAUGUGGAGGCAAAUAAAAGGUCAUAUGAUAAAUUAGAAGACUUUUAUUGUAUUUCCUCUCCUGCUUCUGGGUUCCGUUUCUUUUGGCACCUUUCAGUCUUUCCUCAUGUUUUUUCUUUUUCUACCAACACCUGGCCUUUUGUUUCCUUUUACCCCUCCCUGUCCAUUCCCUGACACCACUUGCUGUUUUAAAAUAAAUAAAUAAAUAAAUUUUAUUACAUAAUUCAACUUUCCCUUUUCCACCAUUUUGUCUCUUGUGCAAAUGAACAGUAAACAUGUUAUGAAGUACAUGUGUAUACUUUGACACCGUCAUCCAACAUAUCAGUAUUCAUUUGACCCAAUACUAAAAAUGUGACAAUUUUUUUAACAAUAGAAAAUGCAUGUGGAUUUACCUGAAGAGCUUUAAAGAAUAACGAAUAUUCAAAUGUUUUGGUUGUAAAGGUAGCUUUUUGCAUCAACUCAAAACAUGUAUUGUUAUGUAGUAGAGAUGGAUUUACUCUUGUUGGAAAGAAAAGUAGCCAUUCUCUGUUCUGUGCCUGUGUUUUGACUGCCGCUGCUUUUAUCUCUGAUGCUAAACCUGACCCUUAACCCGUCAUAACUCUUGCUGUGCCCCUUAUCCUGUCUUAUCCUUUAUCUUUUGACGCCUGCUAUUUAUCAGUAUGAAUGUAAGCACAUUAAACUUUUUAUUUCGUAUUGUGAGGAUAUUCUUUGUAAUUGUAAUUUGUUGCAAGGAUUCACGAAAUAAAUCAUUUAUUCAAUUGC